AUGCCUGUGGCUGCCAGACCGGACCAUCCGACAGCUGAAGGAAGAGGCUCAGCAAAAACUGCGGAUAUUUCGAUAAAGAACUUAAUUGGUCCCAACAUGGAGCUGCUGAACGAAGAGAAGAUGCUCGUAGAAGAAAAUAUCGUGCCUGGCACCACACUGACGGUCGUUGUAGUAGACCAGGCAGCGGAGGAUGAGAAAGAAGCAAAAGAAUGCACUUUCCACAUCGUCACUGCGGCCAAGCGGGGCAAACUCGGCGCCGUGCGGCACCUGCUGCGGUCGGAACCCCCCGGGCCGAUAGGGAUGAACACGGUUGGGAGCGGCGGCUGGAGCGCGCUGCACGCGGCGGCGGGCAACGGCCACGUGGAGAUCUGCCGGGUGCUCUUGGCGGCGAAGGCCGAAGUGGACGCCAUUAGCAUAACCUUCAAUGAAACCCCACUGCAUGUGGCGACCUUCCGCGCUCCGUACGGAAGGCGGGUGGAGGUGGUGAAGCUGCUCCUCGAGGCGAACGCCUCCGGUGAAGGACAAUGA